AUGACCAAUAGGAAUCAAAGAUUAAUUAAUCGCAGACCAAUAAAUGGUAGAUAUUUUAGAAUUUUUAAAAUUGGCUUCUUCAUGACAAUUUUUAGUACAGGGUCGUUAAUGGUGGUGAUGUAUUUCGUCAGGAAAUGGUUGAAAGAAAAUAAAGAACGUCGAAUUGAGGAAAAAAUGAUGCGUGAACGAAUUAUUAAACGAUAUGAAGAGACACAGAAUGAUUCCAUAAAGGUCUUAAUGGGAUUGAUUCCUGUUUUUAAUAAGGUUAUUGAAAAAAAUGAUGAUAAGAAUGAUUUGAAUGAAUUAAUUGAAAGUAUUAAAUUAGAGAAAGAUAAGCAGAUGAAAAGUAAAAUUUGGAAUGAAUUAAAAAUUAAAAGUAUAAUUCGAAUGAUAAUAAAUUGUUAUAUGAUUUCGUCAUUAAUGUUAUUUAUUAAGUUACAAUUAAAUAUACUAACUCGUCGAGAAUACGUUAGUACCUCUAUUGAAUUAAUCAAAUUGCGUGACGAGGCUGAAAGACAAAGGAAAAGGAGCACUAAUGAUAGGUGGUUUAACAAGGUAAUAAAUUUAAUGAAUUGGAAUGAUACUACAAGUAUCGCAAAGGAAAAUAAAAGUCUGGCUACUGAUAAGGGUAAAGAUAUUAAUGAACAAGCGUUUUUGUCCCUAUCGUGGUGGAUUAUUAAUAUCGGAUGGAAAUAUUAUUAUGAUAUAAUUUCUAUAGAAGUAGAAAAUGAAUUUAAUGAUGAGAUUAUUAAAGUUUAUGAGGAAAUCAGUCCCGAAGAAUUUAAAAUAAAGAUUGAUAAAAUUUUUGUAAAUAUUAAUUCAAAACUUUUCAUUAGAACUAAAGUAGAAACAAGUGUAAAUGCUACUGUUCCUGAAAAUAUUGAUAUUAAUAAUAAUAAUAAUAAUAAUAAUAAUAAUAAAAAUAAUAAAAAUAAUAAAAAUAAUAAAAAUAAUAAAAAUAAUAAUAAUAGUGACUUGAUAAUGAAAAUAUUUUUACCUGUAGAAGAGGAACAAUUACAAUUACUAUUAAGACAAACUAUUGAAGGAGAUAACAAGCAAGAUAUUUCAUUGUUAAAAGAAUUAAUGGAUGAAAUAGAAAUGAUUCUUUAUAGUGAAAGCAGUGAGCUUGUAUUGAAAGAAUUGAUUAAUGAAAGUGAACUUUUAUGUUUUGAAAAAAUUAGGGAAACUCUUGAAGAAAAUAAAAAGAGUAGUUAUAAAUUGGCAGAAUUUGUAAGUUUAUUGAGUAAAAAGAAGCUUAAUGAUUAUGAAUAUGUGAAUCGGUUAGAUGCUGUUAAUUCUUUAGAAGAAUUGAGUGCUAAUGUCUAUAGUAAUUUUCAAUUUUAA